CGUGAAUGUAUUAAAAGUUGACUUGAUAUCAUUCGUCAGUGAUAUCCACCACGGAGUGAGUCGAACAGGAAAUCCAGAUUAUAUCUCAAAAUGGACUCCCAAGUUAAACCUCCAACAUCAACCCCAACCACUCAUCCGAGACUUGGAUGGAUCGGCCUCGGGUCGAUGGGGCUGGCCAUGGCAUUGAACCUCCAAAGCCAUCUAUCGCAUGUCGGGGCCCCUCCACUGUGCUUCUAUAACCGUACAGAAGCUCGGGGCCAGCCGAUCCUCGACAAAGGAGGAGUCCAGAGUGCCAGUGUCCCAGACUUGAUUGCCCAGGUCGAUAUUUGCUUCAUUGCCGUCAGCGACGGCACAGUCGUCACCUCGAUUGUCAAUUCAAUCAUAGAAGCAUCCACACCGGAACAGCUUCAGGGCAAGAUCAUUGUCGACACGUCGACCAUUCAUCCGGAUGUAUCCUCGUGGGCGCAGCGAACGCUUGCCGAAAAGGGGGCUAGUUUUGUAGCAGCCCCCGUGUUCGGGGCAAGCCCUGUAGCAAGGGAAGGCCGGCUUUUAAUCGUGACAGCAGGCGCUGACGAGGCUGUCAGAGAUAUUGAGCCGUUCUUGGUUGGUGUAUUGGCGAGAAAGACGUUGCACAUGGGAAAUGACGCGGCGCAAGCGAGUUUGAUGAAGACGGCAGGAAACUUCUUGACGGCUGGGAUGAUGGAGCUUGUGGCUGAAGCACAGGUCUUUGCCGAGAAGACUGGUAUCGGAAGUGAGGCACUGGAGUCCUUGAUUGAAGAGCAGUACGGCGCACUUCCACUCGCGAUGUCAAGGCGGAUGACAGAGGGGUUUUACCUUCCGAAACAGGGGGAACGGCCUUGGUCGGACCUUCAACUGGCUGUGAAAGAUGUCGGAUUAGGUGUUUCGUGUGCGGAGAACGCUGGAACGAGGUUACCCGUUGCAGAUGUUGUUCUUAGGCAUUAUGAUGAGGCUUCCCAGUAUGCACGGACGAAUGAAAGGGUAUUGGACUCCUCGUCCAUGUACGGAGUACUCCGGACGCAUGCCGGGCUUGAUUUUGAAUCGGACCGUGUGAAGGAGAGGUGAUGAUGAGCCUGAUGUGGACACAUUAGUGGCGUGACUGUUGUGAGCUCAACUAAAUCACAUUUUAGGCAUGUACUAUCAUUGAACUGUGUUACACUGAAAGCAUUCACUGUUGAUGCCACUAUGCUGAAUAUCUCUUGUCAGUCAAGAAGACUUGACACAAUACUGGACACUUAGUAGCAUUGUCUCAUAGGUUAAU